AUGUCAUUUUCAUCGAUUUAUAAAGUAUUCUUCAGGAGGAACGCGGUGUUUGUGGGGACCGUUUUUGCAUCUGCGUUUGUGUUUCAAGCGUACUUCGACUCCAGUAUAACGAAAUGGUGGGAGUCUCACAAUAAAGGUAAGUUGUGGGACGAUGUCAGGUUGAAAUUGGAAAACGGUGGAGACGGCGAUGACGACGAGUGA